CACACACUCUCUCACAACCCCACUAUUUUCUUGGUAGUGAAUGUGCAUUUGGUCUGAAAAUGAAGUCCAUAGCUAGAAAGAUCAAAUCCAUUUUCAUGGAGACCGUGAAAGAAACCAAGAGAGUCGGAGAAGAAGAUCCGCGAAGAAUCAUACACGCCAUGAAAGUUGGAUUCGCCCUAACGUUAGUGUCGUUAUUCUACUACUUCAGGCCUCUCUACAACGGAUUCGGACAGGCCGGAAUGUGGGCUAUCUUAACGGUUGUCGUCGUCUUUGAGUUCACUGUCGGCGGAACCCUAUCGAAAAGCUUAAACAGAGGUUGUGCAACGUUGGUAGCUGGUGCCCUAGGCGUCGGAGCCGAGUACUUGGCCGCUCUUUGUGGUGAUAAAGGAGAGCCAGUUGUUCUUGGGCUAAUGGUCUUCUUUCUAGCUACAACAUCUACGUUUACGAGGUUUUUUCCGAAUGUGAAGAGGAAGUACGAUUACGGGGUGCUGAUAUUUAUACUGACAUUCAGUUUAGUGGCUGUAUCGGGUUUCCGGGUCGACCAAAUCUUGCACUUGGCCCAUAGAAGGCUUUCCACCAUUCUCAUAGGCGGAGCAUCAUGUAUUGUGAUAUCCAUAUUCGUCUGCCCCGUUUGGGCGGGUCAAGAUUUGCAUAAUCUUAUUGCUGCAAAUAUCGAAAAGCUUGGUGCCUUCUUAGAAGGUUUUGGAACCGAAUUUCUUAUAUUUCACGGUGAUGAAAGUGGCAAGAUCAAUUCAUCUUGCAAGCACGGUGAUCAAAAGUCGUUUCUCGAGGGAUAUAAAAGCGUGCUUAAUUCGAAGGCCACUGAAGAAUCUUUGGCAAAUUUUGCAUGGUGGGAGCCUCCUCAUGGUCGAUUUAGGUUUAAUCAUCCAUGGAAACAAUACUUGAAGAUUGGGGCUCUAGCCAGGGAUUGUGCAUGCCUAAUCCAAUCACUUAACGGAUACAUUAACUCUAAAUCCCAGUCAUUAGUACAAGUAAAAAUGAAAAUAAAAGAAUCGUGCAUGAAAAUGAGCAUGGAAUCCGGCAAGGCACUAAAAGAAUUAGCGUCUGCAGUUAAAACGACGGCGUUUCAUCCAUUACUAGCUGCUGGGGCCCACUUGCAGAAUUCCAAAUCAGCAGCAGAUGACCUAAAAAUCGCACUCGAAAACUCUUCUUUAUUAUCGGCAAAAGCGGACUUACAAGAAAUAAUGCCGCUUCUCGUUGUCGCGUCCGUACUUAUCGAUAUCAACGACGGCGUUGACAAAAUUUAUGAGUCGGUCAACGAGCUUUCUCUAAAAGCGUGUUUCAAGAACAAUCCAAAGUCGUCAAAAGCAUGUGAACUUCAUCAGCAAGUGAUUAUUCAUCGAGGGGUUGUGAAACCCGUUAAUGAUAGCGAGGAGCACGUUGUCGUUGUGGUUGUUGAUGGCGGCGCGUCGGCUGAGGAAUCGCCGGAGAAGGAGAACCGCCACCCACCGCCUCAGUGA